UUUUUAAUAUGGCGGAAGCACUGACCGCCGUUCGGACGUCUGCAUUUUUUAUUAUCGUGAAGUAAGAAGUGUCUCGCUAAAAUUUCAUAAGUGUGUGAAAUAAAAGUGUUAUAUUAAAACUGUGAAUUAUAUACGUUUAUACCAGAGUUAUUGAUUAGCUGCAAAUCGCCCUAUUCAUCUAAAAAAAUGUCUAAACGGUCCGCAUAUGAUGACGAGGACAAUCCGCCGACGCCUUCUGACGACUCAGACUUUGAUGAUGACGAGGAUCCUGAUAAUUUGGAAGUGCCAGGUGGGGGCAAAACCCUGGCAGCGGCGGCGAGUAUGGCAGCCAAGAAGGUUACAGUCACACCGCAAGUCAUCGUCAAACCCACCACAAACCCACUUGCAGCACCUUCCGGCCACGCGUUUGGCCAAGUCAGCAAUGUGAAGCCUAUCAAGAUAUCGGCUAGCUCUCUCACCAAACCUUUGAACAUAGCUAACUUAAGCAGAGCCGGAGUGGAGAUGGUGGGUAUGACGGGAAUGAACUCAUAUUUACUGCAGAACUUGAGCCAUAUUAUACAAAAUGGAAUGGGUUCGCCAUUCUCUGGGAUGCUAGGCCAGCUGGGCCAGGUCGCAGGUGGUGUUGCCGGGUGGCCACAGAACAAACCUGGCAAUAUGUGGCAACAGGAAAAGAUGGGCGGCGAUGAAGAAGAAGUGGAUGAUGAAGAAAUGGGUGUCGCCGAAACAUAUGCAGACUAUAUGCCUACUAAAUUGAAACUAGGUCGUAAGCACCCCGAUCCAGUAGUGGAAACAGCGUCUCUCUCAUCCGUGGAGCCGGUAGACGUGACUUACAAACUAAGUCUGCCCGACGAGACCAUCCGCAAUGGUCUACUGUCUGCCCUGCAAUUGGAAGCUGUGGUCUACGCCUCGCAGGCCCAUGAACAUCUACUCCCUGAUGGAACCAGGGCUGGUUUCCUCAUUGGUGACGGUGCUGGUGUGGGUAAAGGCCGUACCAUCGCUGGCAUUAUAUUCGAGAACUAUAUCAAGGGCCGCAAGCGCGCCAUCUGGGUGUCAGUCUCCAACGACCUCAAGUACGACGCCGAAAGAGAUCUCCGAGACAUCGGGGCUGGCAAAAUUGAGGUCCAUCCUCUUAAUAAGUUUAAAUACGCGAAAAUAUCGUCUGCUGUAAACGGGAACGUGAAGAAGGGAGUUAUAUUCAGCACGUACUCGGCGCUUAUAGGGGAGACCCAGUCGACCAACACCAAAUACCGGACUCGGCUCAAACAACUGCUGCAAUGGUGCGGAGACGAUUUUGAUGGAGUUAUUGUAUUUGACGAAUGUCACAAAGCCAAAAAUCUUUGUCCCGUGGGGUCGGGCAAGGCAACGAAGACUGGUUUGACAGCUCUUGAGCUGCAGAAUAAGUUGCCCAAGGCAAGAGUAGUGUACGCCUCGGCCACAGGCGCCAGUGAGCCACGCAACAUGGCCUAUAUGGUCAGACUGGGCAUCUGGGGAGACGGUACACCAUUCCCCACUUUUAUGGACUUCAUCAAUGCUGUUGAAAAAAGGGGUGUAGGUGCUAUGGAGAUAGUAGCGAUGGACAUGAAGCUCCGCGGCAUGUACAUAGCUCGCCAGCUGUCCUUCCACGGCGUAUCCUUCAAGAUCGAGGAGGUGCCGCUCUCUGACGCGUUCAAGGAGACCUACGAUAAAGCCGUGGCACUGUGGGUGGAAGCCAUGCAACGGUUCACGGAGGCGGCCGAGCUGAUCAAUGCGGAAUCUCGCAUGAAGAAGACCAUGUGGGGACAGUUCUGGUCUGCGCACCAACGGUUUUUCAAGUACCUGUGUAUUGCUGCUAAGGUGAACCACGCGGUGGUGACGGCGCGCGAGGCGGUGAAGUGCGGCAAGUGCGUGGUCAUCGGGCUGCAGUCCACCGGCGAGGCGCGGACACUCGACCAGCUCGAGCGGGACGACGGCGAGCUCUCCGACUUCGUCUCCACCGCCAAGGGUGUAUUCCAGACGUUAGUAGAAAAACACUUCCCAGCGCCGGACCGCGACCGCAUCAAUCGCUUGCUGGGCCUAGAGCCGCCGCGCACUAAGGCCGCGCCGUCCCACCAGCCCGUACACACACAAAACGGAAAGAACGGACUCGAUGAUGAGGCCAACACCUCGAAGAGGAAAUUAACCGCACGUCAACAAGCCAACGCAGCGGCCAAGCGUAUGCGCGGAGGUUCGUCUUCCGACGAGUUCGUGCGAGGAUCUGAUGAUGAGCUGGAGAUGGAGUCGGAUGACGAGCGACGGCCUCCCGGCUCAGACUCUGAUCUGUCUGACUUCAAUCCCUUCCACGGAGGCAGUGACAGCGAUGAUGAGCCAUGGUUGGGCCGUCAGAAGAAGAAGCCGGUAAAGAAGAAGAAAGCAGCGUCACCAAAGAAGAAACCUUCGACGACACAGGAUAAGAUUGAGACAAUGUUUGAACGCAAGAACAGCGCGGCCGCGACGCCCACCGUAACCGUCACCACUCCCGCCGGACAUAGCCUCACUGGCACUCCCGUAGGCACUAAUGGACUGUACUUAGGUCCGUCCCGCGCCGCGGCGCCCCCGCGGUCGGCCAUCGAGCGCGCGUGCUCGAUGAAGGAGGAGCUGCUGAGCGCCAUCGAGCGGCUCGGCCGCCGUCUGCCGCCCAACACGCUCGACCAGCUCGUCGACGAGCUCGGAGGGACCGACAACGUCGCCGAGAUGACAGGCCGCAAAGGUCGCGUAGUACAAACGGAGGACGGACAGAUCCUGUACGAGAGUCGGUCGGAGGCCGACGUGCCACUGGAGACUCUGAACCUCACGGAGAAGCAGCGCUUCAUGGACGGACAGAAAGAUGUCGCCAUCAUCUCCGAGGCAGCCUCCAGUGGUAUCUCGUUGCAAAGUGAUAGGAGAGCGCGAAACCAAAGGCGGAGGGUGCAUAUAACUCUAGAGCUGCCGUGGUCGGCCGACCGAGCUAUACAACAGUUUGGUCGUACCCACCGAUCGAAUCAGGUGAACGCGCCGGAGUACAUAUUCUUGAUCUCAGACCUGGCUGGAGAGCGUCGGUUCGCGUCCACUGUCGCCAAGAGACUGGAGUCUCUCGGGGCUCUCACCCACGGGGACCGCAGAGCCACCGAGACUAGGGAUCUCAGCCAGUUUAACAUUGACAAUAAAUAUGGUCGCGCGGCCCUGGAGGCAGUGAUGCGCGCCAUAAUGAAGUACGAGCGCCCCCUGGUGGCACCGCCCGCGGACUACGCGGCCGACUUCUUCCAGGACGCCGCGGCCGCGCUCGUCGGCGUAGGGCUCAUCGUCAACAGCGAGGCCGCGCCCGGCGUACUGCAACUAGACAAGGAUUACAAUAACAUGUCCAAGUUCCUGAACAGGAUACUGGGCAUGCCCGUCGAUCUACAGAACAGGCUGUUCAAGUACUUCACAGAUACACUCGCUGCAGUCAUGGAACAAGCGAAGCGCAGCGGUCGGUUCGACCUGGGCAUCCUGGACCUGGGCAGCUGCGGCGAGCGCGUGCGCCGCGUGCGCUGCAUGCGGUACGUGCGCCGCCACGCCACCGGACGCGCGCCCGUCGAACUACACACGCUGCACUCCGAGCGUGGCAUGGACUGGGCGGAGGCGUUGGAGAAGUGGUCGGAGCUGUCGGGCGCCAAGGAAGGGUUCUACGUAUCCCAGCAGGCGCGCAACAACAAGUACACCGCCAUACUCUGCGUCGCCGCCGUCACCUCCGUCAAGAAGGAGAAACUUACCAAGAAGGACAUCAUGUUCCAAAUUUAUAGGCCUAACACGGGCCUCCAGUUGAAGCUGGAGUCCCUGGCGGAGAUCGAGAAGAAGUACCGUCGCGUGGAGUCGAGCGAGGCGGAGUCGUGGUGGCGCGCGCAGUACACCGCCUCGCAGCGCGUCUGCUCGCACGCGUACUGGCGCUCGCUCUGCAGGAAUGGGGCCGACUGCGAGGUGGGCCUGCGCGUGCGCACGCACCACGUGCUGUCGGGGUCGGUGCUGGCGGUGUGGGCGCGCGUCGAGGCCGUGCUGGCGGCGCGCGCGCAGGCGCACAAGAUGCAGGUGGUGCGCCUCAAGGCCGCCGACGGGCUCAAGCUGGUCGGCACGCUCAUACCCAAGAACUGCGUCGAGCCCCUCAAGGAGGCGCUCUGCUCCGACGCCGUCUCCGUCAGCGAGCACAGCUUCGAACACACCGAACUCAACUGAACGCCUCCGCUCCACUCUCUUUGUUUUAUUGCUCCCGCCCGGCCCGCCCGGCGGACUCCGACUGAUUAAUUCCCUCCCCGCCUGCGCCGCGACCCUCCCGCGGACUGUGUGACGCCUGGCCUAAACAUUUUUACACGACGAGCUGGCGCGUGACACGACUCGACUCGUAACGAGAGGCCUAAGACACACCAAAAGUAUUUAUUUAAUAAUCCUACUUUAAGCUGAAUAAUGAACGACAAUAAGGUCCCAUAUCACGCAAUCCUCAAAAUAUUUUGACGUUGAAGUAUUACAUAUCGUAAGUCAAUUGUUAGUGGAGCGAGGAUAGUAUGGCACACAGUCUCUCUGAUAUUAGACAGGUCGGCGAGCGCUGCGGGGGAACGCGUUGGUUUCGAGACGGCGCGAUUGUGUAAGGUGGCGUGUUGGUGACGUCACACGUACGUCACGCGCGACACGCUGCGUGACUACUGAAUACAAUGAGUUCCUAGUAAACAAGUUAAGGCUUAGCUAACUUAUUGCUCUUUUAUUCUUGCCCCCUUUAUUAAAGUCUAUGGGACUAAUUCGAAUAUUUACAUAAACAUUUGAUCUUUAUGAAGAGUACAUGUCUAAAGAGUUGUGUUGCGCACGCGCACGACGCACGUGCUGACGUCACAACACAAGUAUAGUGAGAAUGAUCUACAUGCACGAGUGCAUAAGAUUUACUUUAAGUACUUUACGUAUUUUUACUCAUACAUUAUUGUGACCGUGAACCUCAAGCCGAUUGAGCGCUUCAUAGUUUUUUUUUUAUUUCAAUUACAUGACCAAGUCAAUAUCUCGGUACAUUCUUGUAUACGAAUUAAAUGGAAUUUUAAUUUUUUGUACAAAUAUUGUAGUGUUUUAUUUAAUUAUUCAAUGUUAGAUUGUAUUACUUAUUUCUUAAUGUCGCAGACAAUUCGAGGAUGUAUCAUAAUCUUAAUAUAAAAUACUAAUUAUUGUAUGUUUAUCGGAUGUUAGCAUACUAUAUUUGUAUCGAACGCACGUGCAAUAUGUAUUCUAUGUUCCCACCAGUCUAUCAAAAUAUAAAAAUAAAGCGUCCAACCUGGGCGCGGAAAAAAAUAUGUGUUUUCUUUGUAGGCAGAUGUUUCUUAUGGUGAUUUUAAAUUAUAAUCGAAUUGCUAGUCUGUAAUGUACAUAGUUCAUUUCGAUAGAAUAUAGAGGUUGGUACAUUCCUAAAGGUACAUUAGAAUGGUCCGUUCGCUUCUCAUGAUAACGCAUAUUAUACACUCCACCUAUUUACACGCAUGCAGCCUCUAUAUUGUUUCGAACUGAAUUUUGAGUAUUAAAUAUAUGUUUCAAAAAAAUCAAAUUACUCAAGAUAUCUGUACCUAGCUGUUAUUUUGUUCUCAAUUAAUUUGUAUGGCUUUUAAUGAUAAUGUUCCAAUUUAGAAGUGUCAAACUAAAUGUUCUAAGUGUUUAUAUACCUUAGAAACGCUAAGUUAGUAUUGAAAUUGACACAUAGGUAGGACAUAUAAAGACUUGGCAAGAGAUGGAAGGUUCUCGAUUUCAAUACUUCCUUAGUCGAGUAUAUUUAAGUCGAUAUUAUAAACGACACAUGAAUUUAAAACGUAGUUGCUAUUAUGCAACCAUAGGUUUGUAUAAAGGGUAAUAUCGGGACGUCUAAUGACCAAAAUGGCUCAUAGUGUCACUAAAUCUCGUCUACAUUUCUUAAAUGUGUAAAAAUUAAAGACAAAAUGUGUAUAUAAAUUA